AUGCGUAAAUCAUUGGCGACUGGAACGGGUUCUGCCCCAAAUACGCUCCAACGAAGAGCUGGUGUUGGCCCAUUUGAAGUUGUCCUUUUCCAUAAUGGGAUAGUAAAUAGGGUUGGUGAAGUUAAAUACUUGGGUGGUGAUGUAGAACUGUAUGAAAGGAUGGAAGCUAAUGAAGUGUGUCUAGAUGUGUUGAAGGAUAAGAUAAAACAGUUAGGGUAUAGUGAGGUUGGUGCCCUGAUUUAUUGUUAUUGGAAUGAUAGUUUGAAGUUGCUACAAUCAGACAAUGAUCUUAUACCUAUAUUGAAUGAGGUCAACCCAAGUAAAAGGUUGGAGUUUUGGGUUGAAACAAUGGAUGAGCAGGACUUGAUUGAAGCUGAUAUGGAAGUACUGGAGCCAGAAAGUGAUUGGGAAAAUGAGAUUGAGGUACAGAGAUUGGGGGUAGCUGAGCAGGUUGAUAUAGGGACUGGGGAUGAUGGCCAAGUUGUUGAUUUCACUGUACAGGAUGAUAAAGUAGAUGAGCAUUUGGAUGUAGCUCAAACAAAGAAAAAGGUUAAGAAUUUGGAUGACAUCUUCUUUUCUGAUGAGGAGUCAGUAGUGGAUUCUAAUAGUGAUGGUGAUGGGGAAAGCAAAUGGCCCAUAUUUAGAGCUGCAACAGACAUGAAAGACCCCCAUUUCACUUUAGGCAUGACAUUUGCUUCAAAACAACAGUUUAGGGAAGCAGUUCAAAAUUAUGCUUUCAAUAAUGGCAAAGAAAUUAGAACUCUAAAAAAUGACAAGGAAAGGGUUAUUGUUAAGUGUACACAGGAGGGUUGCCCUUGGAGAAUAGGGUUGAGGAAAGUAAUAGGGUCAUAUGCAUGGAGGAUUUUGAACAUGGUGGAUGAACAUGAAGGUUGUUCUUGGGUUUGGGAGAACUCACUGGUGAAAUCAACUGUGGUUGCUAAGAGGUGGGCAACUCAAUUAAAAGAUCACCCAGAUUGGAUGAUGAGAAAGUUCAAAGAUAAGGUUUGCACAGAGGAGGGAUUUUAUGUGAGUGAUUCACAAGCAUAUAGGGAUAUUUGGAAGGCAAAGAAGAUAAGAGUAGGUGAUGAGGAAGCCAACUUCAAGAAGAUUUGGAGUUAUAGAGAAGAAGUCUUGACAACAAAUCCCGGGUCUUCAUGUCUUGUUAAGUUGAGUGACUUAAAGGAUGGAAGUGGGCAGGAAAGAUUCCUGAGAAUGUAUGUCUGUUGGAAAAGCAGCAAGGAAGGCUUCAGGAUGUGUAGAAGACUAAUUGGGGUAGAUGGUUGUCACCUUAAAUCUGAAACUGGAGGAAUGCUUCUGACUGCUGUGAGUAUAGAUGCAAAUGACUGUAUAUUUCCAUUAGCUUAUGCUAUUGUGGAAGGAGAGAAAAAGGAAUCUUGGAUAUGGUUUCUAAGACUGUUGAAAGAUGAUAUGCAGAUAAGUGAUACAGAGGAGGAUGAGUACUGCUUCAUAAGUGACAAACAGAAGGGUCUAAUUCCAGCCUUUGGUGAAGUGCUACCUGGUGUGGAAAACAGAUUUUGUGUGAGACACCUACAUGCAAAUAUGAAGGUGGCAGGUUUCCAGGGUAAGGCUAUUAAGGAUACAUUAUGGACUUGUGCUAGGGCAAACACUGUAAAUGCUUACACUGAUGCUUUGUAUAAACUAAGGAGAUUAGAUGAAGCUGCAUACCAAUGGUUAGGUGAUAAAAGCCCAACAGAAUGGUCUAGAUCCCACUUCUCUACAAAAUCCCAUUGCGACAUGUUAGUGAAUAACAUUUGUGAGUCUUGGAAUGCCUCUAUAAUGGAAGCAAGGGACAAGCCUAUCAUUGAGUGCCUAGAAAUUAUAAGGAAAAUGAUAAUGGCUAAGUUGUUUGAGAAUAGACAGAAAGCUGCAGAAUGGAAGUCCUUGAUAUGUCCUAAGGUUGUCAGGAAGUUGAAGCAAAUAGAGAAGGCUGCAUCUGGUUACUUAGCAACACAAUGUGAUUUCUUCAAGUUUGAGGAGGUGGGAGUUGACAGGCAUUCCAUGCAAGCAUGCUAUAUGUGCUAUAUGGAAAAAAUUUGGGAAAGGUGGAGUGUUUGA